UUAGCAAACCCCAAUCCAGAUCGAAUAUUUUAUUUCACAUUUCUCCCUCUCCCAACAACUCGUUCAGUCGUUGACGUUUACCGCUCUCUCUUCUAUAAAAACCCUACCUGAGCUUUUUCCUAGUUCAUAAAUCUCAGUGACCAAAUAUUUUCCAGGCGAUGGAACAUUCUUCAACUCUUUUGCUUCCAACUUCCAGUAGAACAGAUGAAUUUGCAGAGACAUGCGGUAAGUUCAUCGAGGAUUUCUCUGAUAAAUUGACCGUCACGGACCAAAAACAUGAAGAAGAAGAAGAAGAAGAAGAAGAAGAAGAGGAAGAAGGGAGAGAAGAACCUUUUGAUGUUAAUGAAGGAGAAGGAAAUUAUCAUCAUGAUCACGAUAACGAUCACGAUGAUGAUGAUGAGGAGGAGGAGGAGGAGGAGGAAGAGGAGUUCUCGUUUGUUUGCAUGAAUCCUGAUGGAUCACCGGCAACCGCAGACGAUGUGUUCCAAAACGGCCAGAUCCGUACCGUUUUCCCGCUCUUCAACACAGAUCUCAUCUUGGGCGAAGGCCACCAAGACGGCGUCGUUUCGGCUGCUGAUAAGGCCAUGUCCCUGCGGCCUCCGUUGAAGAAAUUGUUUGUGGAGGGAGGAAAAGAUGCUACGUUUGCCUCUUCGGAAUCAGAAUCGCCGAUGGGGCCUUAUUGCGAGUGGUCGGCGAGAACUGUACAGGAAGCAUCGCCAGGGACCUGCAAAAAGAGCAAUUCGACGGGGUUCUCUAAGCUGUGGAGAUUUCGAGAACUGGUUCAAAGGAGCAACAGUGACGGCAAAGACGCGUUUGUUUUCUUGAACCAUAACCAUAGCCCUAAGCAUAACCAUAACCGUAACAAUAAACAUAGCAAUAAUCACGAGAAAAACCUGUCGUCGUCGCCAAAGAAUGCUAAAAGAAGCAACGAGAAGCCCAUAAAUGGGAAGGGCGGCGAGAGUGGGAAGGGAGCGGGAGGGAAGAUCGUGAGGACGAGAAAAGGGAAGGUAGAAACCGUGUCGUCGGCGCACGAAAUGCAUUACGUGAGAAACAGGGCGCUCAAGGAAGUGGAUAAACACAAGUCUUAUCUUCCGUACAGGCAAGAUCUGGUUGGAUUUUUCGCUAAUGUCAAAGGAUUACGCCCAUUUUUCCGUCCUUUUUGA